GUGGGUGUUGUCACCUGGCUGGGAACAUCUGGUGUCACCCAGUGCCACUGUUCCCAGUGUCACCCAGUGCCACCAGCUGCUACAGUGUCACCUGUACUGGUGGCACAGUGUCCCAGGACAGUGCUGUCCCCCUGUGUCACCUGGUGUCACCAGUACAGUGGUGUCCCCUGGUGUCACUGGUGUCUCACUGUCCCUGGUGUCCCUCUGGUGUCCCCAGUGUCACCUGCUGUCCCAGUAUCCUCCAGUGCAGAGGUGUCCCCGGUGUCACUGGUGUCCCUGAUGUCCCUGGAGUCCCCAGUGUCCCCGGUGUCACCAGUGUCCCAAUGUCCCCAAUGUCCCCGCUGCCCCCAGGCAAGGGUCCCGAGACGCUGUUCGCGGGGCAGCGGCUGGAUGACAACGAGUGGCACUCGGUGCGGGUGGCCCGGCGCGGGCGCAGCCUCCAGCUCGCCGUGGACAACGUCACCGUCGAAGGACAGCUGUCGGGCUCUCACACCCGCCUGGAGUUCCACAACAUCGAGACCGGCAUCGUCACCGAGCGGCGCUUCCUGGCCGUGGUCCCGUCCAACUUCCUGGGCCACCUGAGCGGGCUGGUGUUCAACGGGCUGCCCUACCUGGACCUGUGCCGCGACGGCGACAUCAGCUCCUGCGAGCUCAACGCCCGCUUCGGCCGCCGCGCCAUCGUGGCCGACCCGGUGGCCUUCGGGGGCCGCGGCUCCUACGUGGCGCUGGCCACGCUCCAGGCCUUCGCCUCCUUCCACCUCUUCUUCCAGUUCAAGACCACGGCGCCCGACGGCCUCAUCCUCUUCAACGGCGGCAGCGGCUCCGACUUCCUGGUGGUCGAGCUGGUCAAGGGGUGA